UUUCCAUUUAUAGAACAUCAAUACCACGUGAGUAACUCUCAACCACGUGGCUCUAAAGAGACCAAGCAAAGCAAAAAUGGUGCUGUUUGUCCUGUUUGAACAUGCUGCUGGCUAUGCCGUAUUCCGUUGCAAAGAUGUGGAGGAUGUUGGUUCCCUCCAACCUGAAGUGCUGGAGGCCAUGUCAGACUUUGCUCGCUUUGGUUCCACUGUCUCUCUGGAAGCUUUCUGUCCCUUCAAGACCGGAGCAAAUGCACUCGAGAAUAUCAAUUGCAUAUCUGAAGGUGUGAUGCAUGAUGACCUCAAGGUGUUCAUCGCCAACAACAUACCACAGGGCAAGAAAAAGAGCAAGGUCCUGUUGGGAGUAGCUGAUCCUAAAUUGGGCUCAACUGUUCAAGAGACCCUCAACAUCCAGUGCAUAUCAGGGGGUGUGGUGUCAGAGUUACUGCGAGGGAUUCGUCUCUUCUUCCCCAAGCUUGUCAGUGGACUAACACCUCCCAUGACAGCUCAAGCUCAACUUGGUCUUGGGCACAGCUACUCUAGGGCCAAGGUCAAGUUCAAUGUUCAUCGAUCAGACAAUAUGAUCAUCCAGUCCAUCAGCUUGCUGGAUCAACUAGACAAAGACAUCAACACUUUCUCUAUGAGAAUCAGGGAAUGGUAUUCAUAUCACUUUCCAGAGCUUGUGAAGAUCAUUCCUGACAACUUUCUCUAUGCCAAGGUGGUUCGGUUCAUUGGUUCAAGGAAGAAUCUAACAGAGGACAAGUUGGACCCACUAGAAGAGAUUGUCAUGGACUCCACCAAGUGUGAGGCCAUCUUUGAAGCUGCUAGAGUCUCCAUGGGAAUGGACAUAUCUCCAAUUGACCUGAUCAAUAUUGAGCGUUUUGCCACGAGGGUUGUAGAGUUGGCUGAGUACAGGAAGGAUCUCAGUAGCUAUCUCUCCUCUAAGAUGACCAAUGUGGCACCUAACCUCACCACUCUCAUCGGGGAAACGGUCGGUGCUCGUCUCAUCUCCCACGCUGGCUCCCUCACUAGCCUGGCCAAGUAUCCAGCAAGCACUGUACAGAUCUUGGGAGCAGAAAAGGCUUUGUUCAGGGCUCUCAAGACAAAAGGAAACACUCCAAAGUAUGGUCUCAUAUUCCACUCAUCUUUCAUUGGACGUGCAGCCUCUAAGAACAAGGGAAGAAUCUCCCGUUACCUUGCCAACAAGUGCUCCAUCGCCUCAAGGCUCGACUGCUUCUCUGACACUCCUUCAACCAAGUUUGGUGAGAAGCUUCGUGAACAGGUAGAGGAAAGGUUAACUUUCUUUGAAACCGGACAAACCCCACGUAAAAAUGUCGACGUCAUGAAACUUGCGAUUGAUGAGCUUGCAACGGAAGAGGGAAACACAAUAAAAGAAGAAGCAAUGGAGGUAGAUACCACGACGUCUUCUGCUAAGAAAAAGAAAAAGAAGAGAAAAUCAAUGGGCAAGGAGUCAGAGGAAGGUCUCCCUGAGGCCAAGAAGGUCAAGCAGGAGGAAAUGGACACGGCUGAAGAGACAGUGACUCCCUCCAAAAAGAAAAAAAGAAAGAAGCAGCAGAGUGGUGAAGAUGAGGAGGGGCCAGUGGAGGCAGUUGACACACCAAGCAAGUCUAAGAAGAAGAAAUCAAAGAAAUGAACUGCUGAACUUAUUUGAACAUUGUAACAUUCCUUUUGCUUAUGCUGCACUUGAUUGGUUUCUACAAAUUGUAUUACUUCCGCUCUACGCUAUAAAUUUGGUAAUGAAACUUGAGACUCUUGA